AUGUCAGAGCUAAGAAACCGAGGCGCUACUCUCUCCGCCAAUACUAUGGAAAAUGAGAAGACGAAGUCCGUGGUCAGAGAACUGGGAUCUGGUAUGGCUGCCAAGUCUUUGAUUGAUGCGUCACCACAACAACAUGGAGUUGUUCUCAAGCUUCAUCUGCCCUUUGUAUACAAUCUCAUUCCUUCAUUUUUGCUGAGUAUCAUUUAUUCCAUUGGUUGUCUUUCGUUUCUCCUACCUUCUUGGAAACAAAGAUACCUCAUCUCCUGUGGAUCCUACCUGUACAAAUUCAAGGAUCAACAAUCGAAAUCCCCCAAAGGCUGUCCGUUUGAUCUUGCAACCAUGUCAGUUGACCUGAUUCCGAAGGAAAAUUCACCACAUGUAGGGGCGUUACCGCCUGGUUUUGACGCUAUUAUCUGUGUUUCGACACUGCGAAGAAAGCAAUACUAUGCAGUUCGGGAUCGGGAAGAAGCAAUGCUAUGGGUUCGCAGUCUUACGGAGGCAAAGCAAGCAGUGAUUACUCGAAAUUUGGGGCACGAUAAGCAGAUGCCGUAUCCUCAGUCAUGGAAACACUUUGAUAGUCUUGCGGCGGGUCUUGUCAAAUCAAAAGAACGAAUCAAGGAAAGGAUGGAGACACAAAAUAUGAGAGAAAUGGAAAUGACCAAUUUCAUGGAUGGUGGUCCGUUACCUAGAGGGUACCAUGGAUAG